UCAUAAUCGUACGGCUUCAUAUGUGAACGGAUGAAACUCUCUCUCUCCUCUUGGACUGUGGACUUACAAGAACGCUGUUUUUGGGAAUUAUGUCUCUGCAAAAGCAGAAUUUUCUGUGGCUGACGAUCGUCUGUUGUGCGUCACACCAGAUAAGCUGCUCAAAAAAAAUAAUAGUUGGUGACAAUUUGACAGAUACAUGUUUCAGGGACUCGAGUAAAACAGAUAUUAAACUGACAUGUCUAUCAGCUUGUGAUACAGAAAUAAAGGAUGUUUGCACAAUGAAUGUCAGAAUAAACACAUCUUCUCUAGGACCCUGCAAAGACACUACAAACAGAAAACACUGUUUCAACAUAACAAAUGAUAAGGGGAAAUAUGAAGUAAGAAUGAAUGAGACGGAUAAAGACAUACAGCUGUGGUUUUUGCCAAAUGAAUCAAAAUGUCAACAGUCAACUGUCAAUCAAUCAGGAUCAUCAAAAAAUAUUGUUACUUGCCAGAUAAAGGAAAGCAACAGUAGCAUCACCACCACCACCACUCCCAACUGCAAACCACCUGGUCAAUCUCACCCAGAUUGUCUGAAAAUCCCUCCUGUUGAUGAUAAGACAUGUGAAAAAGCUGAAUAUGACGAUGAUACAUGCAACAGGAAUGAAAAAAGCACAUACAUUCUGAGUUUGAAUGGGAGUAACUGGAAGUGUGUGAACUGUGAUAAGACACCAACCUACAAUCUAACAGUUGAUCCCUCAAUACUAGACACCUCAGACACACUGAAGACUAAGAUGUUAGAAAUGGAAAAAAACAAUAUAAGCAGUGCACGGAUUGUCAUUGGGGAUGUUAUUGGUCUUCUUCACAUACAACCCAAAAACACAGAAACCAAAGAAUCAUGCUACUCUUCAGAUCAAGACAAAAUAAAAGUUGUUGACUGUCAAAGUGACCUGAUGACAGACAUUCCCUGGUCUAUAAAGAUUCCCAGUGAGGCCUUUAAUAAAUCACGUUUGGAAAACAAUGGAAGUGCAUUUUUUGUAGCUGUACGGUACAAAAACUUUGGAAAGGAUGAAACUAAAAUUAACACAGUUUUGAACAAUGAGGUUUAUGGAAUAACAAUGUGGGCCAAAAUCUCCAACCUUACCAACAAUAUAGAAAUGAACUUUACAAAUAAUAACCUGGAUGGUGAGGCGUCCUGCACAUCUUGGGAUGGAAAAGGAAAUCUUGGUUGGACAACGUCUGGCUGCAAGACAGAAAAAAUCAACAACAACACCAUAAAGUGCUCGUGUUCACAUCUGACGUUCUUUGCAGUGCUGAUGUCUCCUCCAGAUAUAUAUAUUCAAUAUUCAAUCACAGAGGCGUAUGUGGAUUCAUUGAGCUUCAUCACUUCUAUCGGCUGUGGCAUCUCCAUGUUUUUUCUGUCCGUCGCUCUGUUCAUGCAUUUCCUGUUACGGAAAGCCAAAUCAAAUCAGGCCACAAAGAUCUUGAUCAACAUGUGUGUGGCUUUGUUUCUCCUGAAUUUAUCCUUUUUGUCAAACGAGAGCGUCGCCAACACAGAAGUCAAGGCUGCGUGUGUCUUCAUAGCACUGCUCAUGCAUUACUCCAUGCUGACUACAUUCACCUGGUUCUUCAUUCAAGCUCUUCAUAUGUACUUAUGGCUCAUCAGACAGAACGUCACCAUCACAAACUACAUGAGGAAGAUCACCGUGUUCGGCUGGACACUUUCAUCUCCUAUAGUCGUAGCUGUUGUUUCUGUAGGAGGAUAUAAAGUAUUGAUUAUAAACACAACGUCUGGAAAUACAGCACAAAUGUGCUGGAUUACAGAUCCUUUAAUUCACUACAUAGUGAACAUUGGCUACUACACCUUUGUCUUCAUCUUCACGACAGGAAUAUUCAUCAUGAUCGUCACUAAGAUUGUCCAAGCCCGACACAUAAGAGCGCCUGAUGGCAAGAGAAAGACGUUCAGAAAGCAGCUCAUGAUGGUGUUGAGUUUGUUCCUGCUCUUCGGCCUGACGUGGGCUGUGGCGUUCUUCAGUUAUGGAGAGAUGCUCAUUCCCUCAUAUUACAUCUUCACCGUGCUGAACUCGUUUCAGGGGUUUUUCCUCUUCCUGUAUUACUACCACAUUCACAAUGACAUCGAAGGUCAUUUCUCUGAUGAUCCAGAAGUGUCCGACUCCUCCACAACCAUCAUUCAAUCCAGAAAUAAUGCUGUGGAAAAUGUUUAUAACGAGCCUAAUUAAGACAGAAACCCAUGUUCUCUCUUAGACAGCUGAUAAGUCAACAGUUCAGUGUCUGAAUAUACUAGUCGUGUUUAAAUACGCUGUACAGUUUAUGUGUUCAGUAAUAAUCUGUGUCUAAUAUGCUGUAUGGUGAGGGGAUAUAACUCAUAAUGGGAUUAUAAGUGGAAUCAUUCACUAAACAAUUUUCUCAUAUUGUAAGUUUAGGGUAACUGUAACCCUAGUUAUGAAAUAUAUUGUUUGAUUGCUUUUUGAACAUUUAAAUUGUGCAUUGAACAUUUCUUAAAUUUAGCUAUUAGUUGAAAAGAUGUCAAGUAAAAGGGUUUUAUUUCAAAUAAUUAUGCAGUUUUAUGAAACUCUUAUACUUUAAGUCAUAUUUCUGAUAGCUAAACAAAAAUUAUAUUGUUUCUUAUAUACAGUGCAUUAAUGAUAAUUUUUACUAUUGCUCUCAUAACAGCAUGAAUUUGUGCAUUAGAUUCAAUAUUUUGAUUUAGUCUUUCUACAUAUAAAUAUAUUAAUGGUUAUGUUUCUUAUUGCAGGUUUGUUUACAGUAAUGUAUUUGAUAUGCAUUUAUGAUAGAGGGAUAUAUGCUUGUGUAACACUAGAGGGCGCUGUGAGAUUGUUCAGUGUAACUCAUAAUUGAGUCUGAGGCUGGAGUUGGAGAUGUGAAUGAGAUAAUUGAACACAGACUCAGUGCAACACAUGUAGUUGUAGUUAAAACCACCUAUUGACUCAAUACUUGUGAAUCAGUGACUAAUAAACUUCCUCUAUCCAGUUGA